AUGGUUCAUCAAUUGUGCGAUAAUUCUUUAACAAGUUCAACAGUCUCAAUCAAAAAAGGAAAAUUUCCAUUAAAUUAUGUGAUUAGAAGUUUGUUAACAUCAGUAUUACAACAGCAACUUUCUCGUGAUCAAAAGUAUCCAGUUAUUUAUCUGAAAUACUGGCAAAAAACAACGAUCAUACUAUUAUCAAAUGUCCAGGGAAAAAUAAAAAUUUGUAAAGGUGGACUUGGGAGCUCGUUGAAAUAUUUAGUUGAAGAAAAAGAACAAUCAGAAGAAUCUUCAAUGUAUGUAUUACUUAAUACAACAAAUUAUGAUUAUAGUCAAGUUAAAGUUAAAAUGGAUAUUACAGUUGUACAUCGUCAACGACUUGUUUAA